GACUAUGUUAAAUAACACAAUAACUUAUCAUCCCAGAAUAUACAAACUCAUAAUAAAACUAUAUGUAUUAUUUGUAAGUAUUCUUACAAUAGAUGUUAUCUAACAAGGCGUUGCUAUAGGUUGAACCCCAGCAACCUGCAUGUAUUUCAGAAAUGUAGGAUGUUUUCACCUGAGACAACCUCACAUUUCUAAGAUAUAACCACAAGUGUGCAUGCAAUUUAGUUAAAUCCUGCUAAACUCAACAAAACAAUUGAAUGCCCUAAUCUAUAAUGUUCAAUUCGACCAGUCCAUUAUGAUAGGUGUACUCUAUACAGUAAAUUGUUAUAAGUCAUCACUCUCAAACGAAGAAUACCUUGCCACCACAUCUAAUAUAUAUAUAUAUACAUACAAAGAUAACACACGCGCGUAUAUCCAUAUCGAAUACAUAUUAAAAUGAUGUGACAGGUUGGAGGUUGCCGGGUCUCUUCCUGUUUCUGGUUCUGGUGCUGAUGCUGAGGUUGAUGCUUUCCCCCUUCGAUUCUCGCCCUUUUUUCUCUCUGUCAUGGCGGCUCAGAAUUCUCCAGCUUCAAACUGCAGCUGGUGGCCGAUCUCAACCCCAGAAAACGAUGGAAAGAUCAACGAGGGCGACCAGAGCAGCACCCCAGCCACAGAACAGGCGGGAUUGUUCUCGGAUAAAAACGAAAAAGACAGCAGCGACAGCAUCGUCUUGUAUCAUUGGACUCAGUCAUUCAGCUCUCAGAAGGUUCGUCUACUGAUUGCAGAGAAAGGUGUGCAAUGUGAUGAACGGGAUGUUAGUUUACCAUUAACUGAACACAAGGAACCCUGGUUUAUGCGCCUGAACCUAAGUGAAGAAGUGCCAGUACUGAUCCAUGGGGACAAUAUCAUCAGUGAUUACAGCCAAAUUAUUGAUUACCUAGAGAAGGUCUUUGUGGGAGAAAACUUCUCAAGAUUAAUUCCAGAAGCAGGGAGCCUUACUUAUUCCAGAAUGCAGCAUUUUAAAGACUUGCUGGACUCACUGCCCAUGGAUGCCUACACUCAUGGCUGCAUUCUACAUCCAGAAUUGACCACAGAAUCCAUGAUCCCGAAGUAUGCUACAGCUGAAAUCCGCAGACAUUUAGUAAACACCGCUGCAGAACUCUUGAAGCUUGACCAAGAACAACCUCAACUCACAGAGCCAUACCUUUCCAAACAAAAAAAACUUAUGACUAAGAUACUUGACCAUGACGAUGUGAACAAUCUGAAGAAAAUUCUUAGUGAGUUAGGAAAAGUUUUAGAUCAAGUGGAAGCAGAGCUUGAACAGCGAAAGCAUGAACUAGCAGGACAGAAGUGUGAAACGUGGCUUUGUGGAUCAAUUUUUACCUUAGCGGAUAUCUCCCUUGGAGCAACGUUACAUCGCUUAAAAUUCUUGGGGCUCGCUAAAAAGUACUGGGGAAAUGCAGAUCGACCCAAUUUAAAAGCAUAUUUUGAAAGAGUGCAGAAACGUACUGCAUUUCGAAAGGUUUUGGGAGACAUACAUACCACAUUGCUGUCAGCUGUUUUGCCUAACGCAUUCCGCCUUGUGAAAAGAAAACCACCUUCUUUCUUUGGCGCCUCAUUUUUAAUGGGAACCCUUGGUGGAAUGGGAUAUUUUGCUUACUGGUAUCUCAAGAAAAAAUAUAUGUAAAGGAGUAAGUGUAAUUCUGCAGUCCAUGUAAUGUGUGAUAUUAUGGAAUGUUUAAAAAAUGUGACUAAUUUCAGUAGGUGAACUCUGUAGUACUGUUAACAUUCCAUGCCAUAGAAUGGUAUAUUACACAGCACAUAUUCUUUCACUGCUGUUUUUUUUUAAAUGCAUAGAUUUAGAUUUCCCAUGUAACUUCAGACCUGAACUUCAUCAAGCAGCAUAAAUACCACCAGAUAGUCAAGUUAGAAGUGAAUCAAUUGACAGUUAGGAAAUUGCAUUGUAUAUUACACUUGAAAAGCUAGCAAUCCAGCAAAACUCUGCCCUGUUGAUAAUAUUUAGAAAUAAACAGGCUCUAGGGAGUUGGACUAAAGCACAUUUUCAUGAGACAUGUCACUGACUUCUACUAAGUCAAUCUGCUCAAAUUAUUUUAUGAUCAGGUUUAUACAAAGCCACUUUGGUCCAACCAUAUUUUCUUUUGCUGAUUUUAAGUUUGAACUCUGCUUUGAGAGGUGUUAAUGGAUAAUUUUCAAACAUACAUUUAUUACUUUUGAAUGAAUUAUGAAUGUAUUUCAUACUUGAAAAGGAUGAAGUUAACAUUCAUAAUUGAGUUAAAAAAAUGAAGUGCACUUACUUGACUUACAACUGCAAUUUUAUUUUGAAAACAUGUCAAUACUCCCCAUUUAAGGUUUCUUUAGAUCAUUCUGCAGUUCAGGGGAUGCUAUACAAUUUGCAUCUGAGCCUUUCUGAGUCUGCAUUCAGUGACUGAAGAGCAAUAAUCAUCCAUGUGAUUUUUUCAGCUUUUCUUUUCCACGGGGUAUACUGUUAAUGCAGCUAGCAGUUCUACCCUACAUCCCAGCUGAAUUCAUGAGUUAACCAUAUUGUGAUUUACAUGCAAUAGCUUAUUCUUCAUUACUCACUUCUCAAUACCAUCAUGUGCUGUUUAUUCAGACAUACAUUUUUCUCUUUUCUGGCCUUUGCCUAUAUUAUAUCUACAUCACUCUCCUCUUUCCAAAGACAGCAAAUUCAUGCUGAGACAUUGUUCCACUAUUAUCUUUGAUCCUUCACUGCAGAUCACAAAUAGCCAUCUCAGUUAGGCAAACGAAUUAGCCUGCUAACCAGAAUAUUGGUACAAUCCACCACAGCCAAAUAUGAGCUCAGAUUCACUUCAUGUCCAAACAUUAAACUAUUUGGAACAGAAGCCUUACUGAAUAAUCCAGGGAUGCAAAGGCCAACAUGAUAUCUGCCCAGUGCCCAAAACAGAAUUAGCUGUCAGAGAUAAUAAUUUCAACCUGGUAGAUUUUGGGUCUCCAUUGUUCAGUUAUACAUUACAAUGUACUUAAUUAAUCUGCUACUAGGGGCACUUGAGAAAAUUGGCAGAAAGGGACAUUCGACUUAAGUUAAAAAGUAAACAAAAACUCGAAUGGUAGUGGCCAAUCCCUGCCCACUUGGCAUAUUGCAUGUAAUGAGAUGGUUACUCUUGAUAAGACCUGUCAUAAUAUCAAAGUCUAAUUAACUCAAUAUUUGUCAAAACAUAUCUAUUGAACACACAAAACAAGCAUCUAAAUACACUGGAAUGAAGUUGGAAUUUAAAGUACAUACAAAAAUGACCUAUGUGGAAAAUUACUUGCCAGUAUGGCAAUGGAGUUGAAACAAACCCUAAAAAACCGACAAAAAGCUUGUUAAUGAUAACAUAAAUUUCAAUAAUCUUUGUGUCAUAACUCAAACCAUAUAUACACCCAGAUUGGUGUACAGAAACUGCUAUACAGUCAGUUUUAUAGCACAUAAACAAACCCUUCAGUCCAACUCAUCCAUGCCAACCAGAUGUCCUAAACUCAUUUUGUCCCAUUUGCCAGCAUU